AUGAGUUAUUCAUCAUUAAAUCAAUAUCAUCCAAAUGAUUUAUUAGAAGAACAAGAUUUAGAAGGUAUCAUUGAUAUAGACAAUAAUGAUUCGCAUUCUAAUUCUCAUUCUCAGUCUCAUUCUCAUUCUCAUUCUCAUUCACAUUCUCAUUCUCAUUCACAUUCUCAUUCUCAUAAUAAUGAAAAUGAAAAUUUAGACGCACAAGAUUUACCAUCUCAUGCUUGUGCUUAUUGUGGUAUCCAUUCUCCAAGUUCAGUUAUUAAAUGUACAACUUGUAACAAGUGGUUUUGUAAUGCCAAAACUAAUUCAACAAGUAGUCACAUUGUUACUCAUUUAGUUAUGUCCAGACACAAUCAAGUAAGUACUCAUGGUGAAUCUGAAUUGGGUGAAACAAAUUUAGAAUGUUACAAUUGCGGUAAUAAAAAUGCAUUUGUUUUAGGUUUUGUUUCUGCUAAACAAGAUAAUGUCGUUGUUAUAUUAUGUAGAUUACCUUGUGCAAAAUCAAAAGAUAUUAAUUGGGAUACUAAUCAUUGGCAAGCUUUAAUUGAAGAUCGUCAAUUUUUGCCAUGGGUUGCCACAGUGCCACCAGAAGAUGAUUUAAUUAAUUCAAAAUUAGUUACUCCUCAACAAAUUACUAAAUUAGAAGCUCAAUGGAGAUUAAAUAGAGAUGCAACUAUUAAUGAUAUUGAGAAUAAUGAUGCAAAAGAAGAAGAAGUAUUACCAAUUUUAAUGAGAUAUAAUGAUGCUUUUCAAUAUCAAAGAUCUUUUGCUCCUUUAGUUAAAUUAGAAGCUGAUUAUGACAAAAAUUUGAAGGAAUCUCAAGCUUUAGAGCAUAUUCAAGUUAAAUGGUCAAUUGGUUUAAAUAAUAAACAUUUAGCCUCAUUUACUUUAUCAACUUUUGAAUCAAGUGAGUUGAAAGUUGCUGUUGGUGAUGAAAUAAUUUUAAGAUAUAAUGGAUCACAUCAUGAACCUUGGGAAGGUAAUGGAUUUAUAUUAAGAUUACCAAAUGCCUAUCAAGAAGAAUUUACUUUAGAAUUAAAUCCAUUUAAAAAAUCUCCACCAACUGAUUUAAAUAAUGAUUUUACUGCUGAAUUUGUUUGGAAAGGUACUUCAUAUGAUAGAAUGCAAUAUUCAAUGAAGACUUUUGCCACUGAUGAAGAAUCAGUUUCAUCUUAUAUUUAUCAUAAAUUAUUAGGUCACGAAGUUAAUCCUAUUGAAUUUGAUACUCAUUUACCAACUAAAUUUUCACAUCCAAAAUUAAAUGAAUUAAAUAUUUCUCAAAUUAAUGCAGUUAGAUCUGUUUUACAAAGACCUUUAUCAUUAAUUCAAGGUCCACCAGGUACUGGUAAAACAAUUACCUCAGCAACUAUUAUAUAUCAUUUAUCUAACCUUAAUAAAGGUAAGAUUUUGGUUUGUGCUCCAUCAAAUGUUGCUGUUGAUCAUUUAGCAGCAAAAUUAGAUUUAUUAGGUUUAAAAGUUGUUAGAUUAACUGCAAAAUCAAGAGAAGAUGUUGAAAGUUCAGUUAGUCAUUUAGCUUUACAUAAUAUAGUUGCAUCACAAGCAAAAGGUGAAUUUAAAAAAUUAAUUAAAUUAAAAAAUGAAGUUGGUGAAUUAUCAGUUGAUGAUCAAAGAGAUUAUUAUAAAAAUUUGAAAAAUUCAGAAAUUAAAAUUUUAAAUAAAUGUGAUGUUGUUUGUUGUACUUGUGUUGGAGCUGCUGAUAAAAGAUUAAAUCAAUUUCAAUUUAGAACAGUUUUAAUUGAUGAAUCAACACAAGCUUCAGAACCAGAAGUUUUAAUUCCAAUAGUUAAAGGUGCUAAACAAAUUAUAUUGGUUGGUGAUCAUCAACAAUUGGGUCCUGUAAUUUUAGAUAGAAAAGCGGCUGACGUUGGUUUAAAACAAUCAUUAUUUGAAAGAUUGGUAUUUUUAGGUCAUAUUCCAAUAAGAUUAGAAGUCCAAUAUAGAAUGCAUCCAUGUUUAUCAGAAUUUCCAAGUAAUAUGUUUUAUGAAGGUAGUUUACAAAAUGGUGUUACUAAUAAUGAUAGAUUAAUAGAAGAUUCAAGAUUUCCAUGGCCUGUACCUGAUUCACCAAUGAUGUUUUGGGCAAAUUAUGGUAGAGAAGAAUUGAGUGGUUCAGGUAAUUCAUAUUUAAAUAGAGUUGAAGCAAUGAACGUUGAAAAAAUUAUUACUAAAUUAUUUAAAGAUGGUAUUAAACCAAAACAAAUUGGUGUUAUUACACCUUAUGAAGGUCAACGUGCUUAUUUAGUUCAAUUUAUGUCAUUAAAUUCAACUUUAUUGGAUAGAAAAGAUGAUUAUCUUGAAGUUGAAAUUACUUCAGUUGAUGCUUUUCAAGGUAGAGAAAAAGAUUUUAUUAUAUUAUCAUGUGUUAGAGCAAAUGAAGCACAAAGUAUUGGAUUUUUAUCUGAUCCAAGAAGAUUAAAUGUUGCUUUAACAAGAGCAAAAUAUGGUUUAAUUGUAUUGGGUAAUCCAAGAGCAUUAUGUAGAAAUAGAUUAUGGAAUCAUUUAUUAAUUCAUUUUAGAGAAAAAGGAUGUUUGGUAGAUGGUCCUUUGGAUAAUUUACAAUUAUCAAUGGUUCAAUUAAAUAAUUAUCAACGAAAUAGUAAUUUGAAUAAACCAUUUAAAGGUGCUACUUCGAAAAGAUUUGGAGCUCCAUCAACUAAUUUUACAUCAACCGAUUUUGAUUCUGCAAGUAUUUUAUCAUAUGAUAAUGGUUCAAGAAAAAAUGAAAAUAAACAACAAUUAUCAAAUUCUCAAUGGCCUGUAUUAAAUUCAAACAAUGAAUUUAAUGAUAUAAAUUCAAACAAUGAAUUUAAUAAUAUAAAUUCAAACAAUGAAUUUAAUAAUAUAAAUUCAAUUAGUUCAAAUUUUUACAGUAAAUUGAAUAAAUGGGAUAAGAGUUUUGAUGGUGGUAGAUAUAGUAAUGAUAAUAUUGAAGAUGAUAUUAGAAGUAUUACAAGUUCUUUUGCUGCUGGAUUAAAUUUAAAUUUUUGA